AUGAAAGCGUUCUUGGUUUUAGCAGCCGUUGCGGCUAUCGGCUCGGCUAGGCCCGAGGCAGGAUACAGUUACAACGCGCCAGGAGGCGGCGGUCUCGGUGGACAUGGAGGAGGAUUAGGUGGAAUCGGCGGAGGAAUCGGUGGAGGCCACGGUGGAUUUUCAUCCGGCGGAGGAAUUAGCGGAGGACACGGCGGAUUCUCGUCCGGCGGUGGUUUCUCCUCUGGUGGCUUGAGCUCCAGCAGCUUCGGAAUCGGCGGCGGACUCGGAGGUGGAAUUGGCGGCGGAAUCGGCGGUGGAUUCACCUCAAGCGGCGGCGGUGGCGGCUUCGGUGGCGGCAGCGGCUUCGGCGGAGGCAGCGGCUUCGGCGGCGGUAGCUUCGGUGGCGCACCCAUCGUUCAGAAGCACAUCUACGUCCACGUUCCCCCACCAGAACCUGAAGUACAGCGCCCACAAAUCAUCGGAGGUGGUGGCGUUCCCCAGAAACACUACAAGAUCAUCUUCAUUAAGGCCCCCGCACCUCCCGCGCCCGUCGCACCUAUCAUCCCCGCUCAGGCACAAAACGAAGAAAAGACCCUCGUCUACGUGCUGGUCAAGAAACCCGACGAACAACCCGAUAUCACUAUCCCCACUGCCGCGCCCACUCAGCCCUCAAAACCCGAAGUUUACUUCAUCAAAUACAAGACCCAAAAGGAGGGUGGUUCUAUCGGAGGUGGUUCCAUUGGCGGUGGUAUCGGUGGUGGCAUCGGUGGUGGCAUCGGUGGUGGCAGCAUUGGCGGUGGUCUCUCUGUUGGCGGCAUCGGCGGUGGACUUUCUGGUGGUAGCAUUGGUGGUAUCUCUGGUGGAGGCAUCGGUGGUGGCCUUUCUGGUGGUCACGGAGGCAUCUCUGGUGGCAGCAUUGGAGGCGGACUAUCCAGCGGCCACGGUUCCGGAGUCAGCUCCUCCUACGGACCCCCAGGACACUCCGCUGGUCCGUACUAA